UCCUUCUCCCUUCAAGUUCUGCUCCAUUGUGCCAGGCUGCGGAUUUCAUUCGUGCGCGGCUGUCGAGUCCGUCUUGCCUUUAGGUCCUUCUUUUUCUUGUUGUUGGGAUCCUUUGCGCCGCCCCUGUCGUUUUUCGGAGGCGCCGACCUCGUUUCUUGUGGUACCGCAGAGAGGCGCAGCAGCAGCCAUGGCGGAAGAGGGAGCGAGCGUGAAUGUUGGCGCGAAGGAGACGGGUAAGGUGAAAUGGUUCAACAGCAGCAAGGGGUUCGGGUUCAUCACGCCCGACAAGGGUGGGGACGAUUUGUUCGUGCACCAGACGAGCAUCCACGCCGAGGGGUUCCGUUCGCUUCGUGAGGGCGAGGUGGUGGAGUUCCAGGUGGAGUCGAGCGAGGACGGGAGGACGAAGGCGUUGGCCGUGACGGGUCCCGGGGGUGCGUUCGUUCAGGGCGCGAGCUACAGGCGCGACGGGUACGGUGGUGGAGGCCGCGGCGGAGGUGAGGGAGGAGGUCGAGGGUUCGGCGGGGGUGCUGCGAGAGGCAGGGGCCGCGGUGGGCGAGGCUCGGGAGGGUUUGGCGGUGAGCGCGGCGGCGUGGGUGGGGGCGACCGGUCUUGCUACAACUGCGGCGAGGGAGGUCACAUGGCGCGCGACUGCCAGAACGAGUCGACGGGGAAUGCGAGGCAGGGGGGCGGCGGCGGCGGUGGCGUAAGGGGGAGCCGGAGCUGCUACACCUGUGGAGAGGCUGGGCAUUUUGCGAGGGACUGCACUCCUGCAGCCGCUGCCUAGGCGUUUCCGAGUAGAAGCAAUUUUUUAACAUCCUCCUGUGUCUAGAUGGGAAGGCCGAGCCGGGGCUGAGUGGGUUGGCCGAGGCAGCGCCUCGCGGAGCACACUGUGGCCGCCAGACCGUGGAGCGUUUCGGCGGUGACGCGGUCUGCUUGGUUUGUACCAGGCAGGAGGGUAGUGCUUUGCUUGACUUUGUUUUUUAAACCGCUUCCGGUGUUGGUCGUCGUGGAUGUGGCUAGGGUUUCGUCUGCACUGAGGCCUGCAUGGCUGCGGGUAUGACGUAGUAUGCAGAAGAUAGGUUUGUGUGUGACGGCGAAUUUCUCUGCCAUUAGCGGGGCCGGAGAGAAGUCUCCUCGGAAGGGUAGCGGUCGGCAGGGUCCGAGAGCUCCUCCGCGAUGGAUGGUUUGCGAGGUCCACCUUUGGAGUCAGUUGAAGGAGAGGGGGUGGAAUCGGCAGGCACCGGUCGGAGGGGUGCGCGCCGAGAAGGGUUUAUGUUGUGUCAGCGGGUCGAAGAAUAGGCCGAAGCCUUACGUUUGUCAAGUCAAUCUUAAGCUUUGUUCGCUGUUUGAAAGACCCGCGAAAUGUAAUUGAAGAUCACAAGGAAGGCAAUUAUACGGGUAGAUGAUUUUUUUCUC